AUGGCACACAAAUACUGCUGUCCCCACUGUAAUGCGACAUUCCCUACAUUACAAGGCCAGCGGUCACAUAUAUCCCAGGCUAGGAAUUGCAGAGAUAAGGAAGAAGCUGCUAUACUUGCCACCAUUCAAUCUUUACCCAUGGAUACACUGCCUACUGUAUCAGAGAAUGAUGCUCCUGGACACGAGAACCUCGAAGAAGGACAUCAGUCAGAAGAUACUCGAAGAAAAACCAAACAUGCCUACAUAGAGGAAGUCGAAGAUGAUCCCAGGACUGACAGGGUAUCAACUUCUGACCCGCAAUUACGCUACAUUCAGGACUACCCUCGGCAGGCUGGGACUCCACUGCAUACGUGUGAAUUACCAUUUGAAACAUUGCAGAAAGCACAGCUAAAGGAGGGUUUGGAGCCAUGGUCACCAUUUCAGAACAAAGAAGAGUGGGAGCUCACACGUUGGUUGAUGGAAUCUGGUGCAAGUCAAGGGAAGAUUGACCAGUUCUUGAAACUAACAAAGGUUCGAGAGGACAUGAAACCACCAUUUAAGAACACACGUACCUUUCUCCAAUUCAUUGACUCCUUACCCAGAGGGCCUGGCUUUACAUGCACACCCAUGAAGAUCACAGGAAACAUCAAGGACAUGAACGGAGAUUUUCGGACGGAAAUUCUUGAACUGUGGCACCGCAAUCCUCUUGAAUGUGUCGCAGAGAUUCUCGCUAACCCUCUUUUCAAAAACCAUCAAGUCUUCGAGCCAGAACGUGUCUUUCGGCAGCAGAAGGAUGGUGUUCCUUCAAAUCGCGAAUAUAACGAAAUGUGGACCGGAAACUGGUGGUGGGAUACGCAGGAUAUGCUCCCCGAUGGUGCUACAAUUGCACCAAUCAUUAUUGCAUCUGAUGAGACCAGACUCUCCACAUUCUGCGGCGAUAAGAAAGCAUGGCCAACAAUCCUCGAACCCUUGAUUGCUAAAGGUUUAGCACCUACAGAGAUGGCAUGCGCAGAUGGGUAUCUUCGCAAUAUGCAUGCUCUUUUAGCUGCAUAUGUAGGAGACUAUCCCGAGCAAUGCAGGGUUGCUUGUUGCAGGGAAAAUAGCUGUCCAAGAUGUACGGUUGCACCUACGGAGAGAGGAGAGCCAGGCCCACUGAACUCAAUGUACCGAGAUCCAGUCAUGGUAGUGGAAGCUAUCUCCCGACAUUCAAAAGGCUGGAAACCACCGGAAUUUGAGGAUCAGAACCUGCGACCAAUGAAUCCAUUCUGGAAAGACCUACCUCUCUGUAAUAUCUUCGAGUGCAUCACACCUGACCUUCUCCAUCAACUUCAUAAGGGAGUAUUCUCCGACCAUGUGGCCUCCUGGGCACGGAAGUCUAUCGAAAAUGGUCAGGAGGAAAUUGAUGUGCGUUAUCAAGCUAUGCCGACUCACCCGACCCUUCGUCACUUCAAGCAAGGUAUCUCAAAAGUCACCCAAUGGACUGGUGGGGAGUAUCGCUCAAUGGCAAAAGUAUUCCUCGGAACUCUCGCAGGUGCUGCUGAACCUGGGGUGAUACGGGCAGUCCAAGCCUUGGAAGAUUUCAUGGAUUAUGCUCACUUUGAAACUCAUUGCGACGAGAGUCUUGCAGCAAUGCAUUUAGCAUGGCAAACCUUCCACGCUGAGAAGUCAGUCUUCAUUGACCUAAAAAUACGGAAAUUCUUCAAUAUCAACAAAGUCCACAACAUAAAACACUACAUGACAAUUUGGUUGGCGUGUCAGGAGGCUGUCCACCGGUUCACAGCAUAUUUGAAAUGGGCGGUGUGUAAUUACAAUCCACAAGGCCUGGAGGACAAUGACGAAGAAGAGGAUGACGACGAUGAGCUGGAUGAACCUGUGGGCAGACUGACCAAAGACUCACUGUUAGGCGCUGACAGAGAGUACCAUGUGGCAAAGACACCGCCAAUGCAGGUCAUGAUUGACUCGGUCGAGAAAGAUUUCCACGCUGACUGGUUUCUUUGGUACCUCAACGACUACCUGUACCGUAACUCCCUCAUUGACGACCCCAAUAACUCUGAUCUCACUCCUGAUACACUCAUUCCCAUCUACAAACAAGCUCGCAUCCAUCUACCUCCUCUUCCCGAAGCCAUUUCCGAAAAGUCUGUCGACAUCAUACAAGCCACAAAAGCCCUGCCAUCUGAAAUAACAGCGCGUGGUUUCAAAGCUGCUCAGCCAGCGAAGACGAGUACAGUUCUUGUCCGCACUGAUAAAAGUGACCCCAGGAAAGGGCCUUUGCAUGGAUUGCAAGCUGCUCGUGUACUGCUAAUAUUUCAACUUCCAUCAUUGAUUCAUACACGGUCGGAGCCACUCGCUUUUCUUCACCUGUUCAAGCCAUUCAACAGACUUCCAAUUGUUCAAACCUGUCACCUUACACCUCAUUUUGGUCGAAAGAUGAAUCGCGCCUGGGAUAGUGCCAAUGUCCUUGACUCAGCCGAAAAGUUCUACCUCAAUCCUUACCUUCGACAUCGUGACUUUUACCUACUCUGA